AAAACAAGAGUGAGCGGCCCAUAUUGAGAAACUUUCAGGAGAAUAGGAACCAAAUGGUACGAUUAAUCAAGUUGUUGAGUGUUGAAGUCCUUUGGUGGUAAGAACCAUGUUUAAGGCGCUUCCUUUGGUCUUAAAAUUCUCUGAUUAUUAACUUCUGGAAGCAUAAAUAAUAAAGAAUUGAAAAGGAAGAGAAGGGAAGAGAAGAGCAUGGAGUGGACUGGUAGUUUUGGCUAACCAUAAACCUCCCCAAAUAUUCAAACACCAAACCCCUAACAACAUAUCUUACAAAAUUCAAAACUCAGAUUUUAGCAUUUGGGCUCUCAAGAUUUGGAAGACUUACCAGAGAGCUUGAAGCAUGAUUUUGGGACAUACUGAUGGUUUAUCAGAACUUGGGUCAUCAAGAGAUCCCCUAAUUGCCUAUCCUGAAUCAGAGUUGAAUGUUGAGGAUGACGAAGAACAGAUAUUGUAUGCAGCUUCCUUUGAAGAACUUGCGAAAAAUCAUGUUAAAUAUGACACCAUUAUAUGGAUUUCUAUAUCUUUGUUGCUGGUUUUAGCUUGGGGGAUUGGCAUCAUUAUGUUGCUCUGUUUUCCCAUUAGAAGAUACAUGCUUCAAAAGGAUAUUUCCUCGCGCAAACUGUAUGUUACCGCUAAUGAGAUAGUUUACAAGUUUUCAAGGCCUUCGAUACUCUUUUGGCGUGUUUCAACAAUCGAGAAGUGCAUUCCUCUUUCCUUGGUGAUUGAUAUCAUUAUUGAGCAAGGUUGCUUGCAGUCCCUUUAUGGAAUCCAUACAUUUAGAGUUGAAAGCAUUGUGCGUGGAAAAGCCACACCUGUAGAUGAACUCCAGGUUCAAGGUGUUGCUGACCCUGGAGUUUUGAGGAAGGUGAUAAUAACAGAAGCUUCAAAGAAUGUACAGGAUUUCGGGAAAGGUUGGAAUCCUACUCUUCCUAUUGAAGAGGAAGGCCUGUCCAGAGUGGGAUCAUUGAACGAGGGACCAGCUGUCUUUAAAUCACCAUCCAAAAGCUGGAAGAUGACAGGUUCACCACGCUAUGCUUCAUCAGAGCAUAGGGGUUCACCACGCUAUGCUUCAUCUGAGCAUAGAGGAUCUCCACGCUACCCUUCAAUGGAGCAUAAAGGUUUAAUACAAGGGGAAAUGCUGCUAAGUAAACUUGGAGAAGUCUGUGAAUCAGUAAAGAAAAUGGAGUCUCUUAUUGAGAAGUCCCAGACUUCAACAGAAAGCAGAUGAAGUGGAGCAAGGCUCUUUUGGACUGGAUCAUCAAGGCACAAGCGUAUUAUACAGAACUGCUUGACUAACCACCCUCCCAGCAAAGAUAAGGGUGGAAAUUUUUUAUUGCAAACCUCGCGGUCGACUCAUUCGCGGCGCGUUUUGUUUAAAUUCAGCUGGGAUUUUUUUUUUAUAAAUUGUUGACCUCUGUGGCAAUUGUUCAAAGGAUUUUUAUCGAGACUGAUUAGCAUGAUGAUUAGUAGUCCAA